GACUCUCAAGGCACACUCCUGCACAGCCUUCGCUGAAUACCAAACCAGCGACAUGAGGCUAUUGAGAACUUCCUUCAUCCUGGCCGUGGCUAUAAGCCUGGCCACGGCAGAGGACAAGGCGGAAAAAGACACCAAGGCUGAAUCCACACCGGUAGAGGAAAACAAAAAACAGGACAAGAGAGGACUCUCGGAGUACUACGGUGACCACGGUGGAUUUGGAGACGGUGGAUAUGGAAGCAGCAGUGGUGGAGACUUCGGCGGUUACGAAGGAGGUGGUGGUGACAGCUACGGCCACGACCACCACGAGCACCACGAGAAAACCAUCACUGUCAUCAAGAAAGUACCCGUCCCGUAUCCAGUGGAGAAACACAUCCCGUACCCUGUGACGAAACAUGUACCGUACCCAGUGAAAGUGCACGUACCCCAACCAUACCCAGUCGUGAAAACAGUUCACUUCCCGGUCAAGGAAACCAUCAAAGUGCCCGAGUACAUCCCCCAGCCGUACCCAGUGACCAAACAUGUACCUGUUCCAGUCAAAGUGCACGUCGACAGACCCUAUCCAGUCAAGGUCUACGAGAACGUCCCGUACCCAGUGGAGAAGCACAUCCCAGUGCCAGUGAAAGUGCACGUGCCCCACCCGUACCCAGUAGAGAAGGAAGUGCCUUUCCCAGUCAAGGUUCCAGUUAAAGUGCACGUGCCUUACCCGGUCGAGAAGACUAUCCACUAUCCCGUCAAAGUGCCAGUGGACCACCCGAGACCAGUUCACAUCGAGAAGCCAGUCCCCGUGCCAGUUGAGAAGCCAGUGCCUUACCCAGUGGAGAAACCUGUGCCCUACCCCGUGAAGGUGCACGUCGAUAACCCAGUGCCAGUUCAUGUGGAGAAACCCGUGCCCUACCCCGUCAAAGUACCAGUGCCAGCGCCUUAUCCCGUAGAGAAGGUCAUUCCUUACCCAGUGGAGAAGAAGGUUCCUAUCCCGGUGCAUAUCCCAGUAGACAGGCCUUACCCUGUACACAUCGAGAAGCACAUUCCUUACAAAGUAGAGAAACACGUGCCUUAUCCAGUCAAAAUCCCAGUUCCUAUCGUCCACGAGGACAAGCAUGAAUACCACGGCAGUGAAGGCCUAGAGGGCGGCUACGGAGGCAGCAGCUACGGAGGCAGCAGCUACGGAGGCAGCAGCUACGGAGGUAGCGGCUUCGAAGGAGGUUACGGCGGAGGUCACUUCGAUGGCUCCGAGGAUGGCGGUGAUUACCAUCACUAAGGACUGAUCUCUUUGUUUUUUUUUUGUAGAUAGCUUUAAAUGUUGAUUUGUGUUUAGAAGAUUUAUUAAUUAAUUAUUAUUAUUUUUAUUUUAUUUUUACCACAUGACUGGAUAUGUAAAUAUACUACCGAAAGUAUUAUACAAUACAUUCUCGAAAUGUUUA